CUACCUCUCAUGACUGUGUCAGUGUGCCGUUCUCAGUCCGACUAUGAAGCAGGAUACUGACUGAAGUGCUUCUGCGUCUGAAACAGAGGGAAGUCGCUGGUUUUUACACCCAAAAACUUUUUUCCGCCUGCAAAACUGGCUGGUGAACCAUCAUAGAGUGAUUUAUCUGAGGAUAAAACGGGUAAAAGAUUGGGUAUGCGUUACGUUAUCCGGGGAUAUACAUGUAGCUGCGUGCCACCUCGAGGGAGCUUUCGUGUUCACCGGUUUAGCAAGAAGUUCAAUUCUCAGCACUAUGGAUACUGAGGGUUAUAAAGAUGAUCAACACUACGCAGAACCAGAGAGGCUUUGGCAUGUGAGGCAAAAAUCAGAAGAUCUGGAUCUAAGGAGCAGAGAUGGGGAGGGCUUCAUCCUGGUGGAAGCUUUUCUUUCAGGAGGAGCACCGUGGGGAUUCACGCUCAGAGGGGGGCUGGAACAUCGAGAACCUCUGCUCAUCACCAAGGUGGAGGAGGGCAGUAAAGCAGCAGCUGUGAGCCUCCAGGUAGGAGACGAGCUUGUCAACAUCAACGAGAUUCCCUUGAGUGGUUACAGACAGGAGGCGAUCUGCCUGGUGAAAGGCUCCCACAAGACCCUAAGUCUGGUGGUGAAAAGGCGGAAUGAACCCAUAAGUAGGCCUCACUCCUGGCACUCCACCAAAUUCAACGAAAACCAAUCAGAGCCAGCAAAAACUCUGUUUCCACCCACAGCAAUCUGGCACACCAGAUAUGAUGCAAGCUCUUCUUCCAAUGACCUCUCCUCCAGCUGGAACCAGACAAACCUUCGCAGAGUGUCCGACCAGUUCAGCUCUCUGGGCAGUAUGGACAGCCUAGAACAUGUCUCACACUCAUAUCCUGCUGGCCAGCUGUCACCUGCCAAGUCCAACAACAGUAUGGAGCACCUGGGAGGAGGGAAACGAGACUCGGCCUACAGCUCCUUCUCCACCAGCUCAGGCACACCAGACUACACCCUCUCAAAGAGCAGUACUGCCUCCACAGAGAACAUGCUCUACAAGGUCAGUCAGUGGGACUCUGGAGGAAAGCACAACAGCAGAAACAGCCAGAAUCAGAUGGAGGGAGUCAAGCAGGAUGAUCGGAUGGCAUACCUUCAGAUACCUGGAGUCGGCACAGCCAGUGAGGGUGCGCAGACUGAGGAAGCACCUGGAUCCCGCCAUUCCACUUCAAGUCGAACCAGCUGUGGACCUGUUUGGCACGUUCCUGAGAAAAAGAAGACUACUUCCCCCUCUCCUCCACCUCCACCUCCACCUGCUCGUAGUGAUAGCUUUGCUGCAACUAAAGUGCAUGAAAGAGGACUCAUUGUAGCUCACCCUGAAACACUAGAGCCUUAUGUCCCCUCUAAGACUCCUCCUGAAAAUCACAUGAGCCACAAACUUCCCCUGAAAAAUGACAGUGAUGGUUUUUACCCCACAGCAGAUAAGUCAAAUCAGUUCAACUCAAACAAGCAGUUCUCUCUGUCCAGCGGUGAUGUUUGGCAAGGCCACCAGAGGCAUCACAGUGACAAAAGCACUUUUUACUCUCAGCCCUGGGCUGUAUCUGCACCAAAGCCACAGAACAUAGGUGGCUACUAUAGUAGCCUGCAGGAGCUGCCCACCAAUGGUUCACUCCAGUUUGGUCAGAACCAGAAAAGGAACUUAAGCACCUCAACCGCUGACCCAAACACAGAGAGCAGCGGGCAAAACAGAUACUACUGCGUCACUACAUGUCAGCCGAACAUGCAGCCCAUGCAGGGAAAACCAGAGCACAGGACUGUAGACAUAAUACAGACUGCUAAUGAGCAAAACUCGUUGAGCCAACAGACUGUCCCCAAAGUGAAGUAUCAAGUGGCUCAACAGCAGCAAUACUCCUCUCACACUAAAGAGAACAAUGCAUACAACAAGCACCAAGUCCCCCCUGCACAGCAAGCCUCUGCACCAAAAUCCAGCCAUGAUGAUCAGGAACGCCAGCCAGGUCAGAAAGUACAUCAUACCGAGGCUCAGUUCAUGAGUUAUCCUCUGAGCAGACACUCUGAACAGCACAGAGAAUUACCACCAGACAUGAGGCAUCACAGCAACAAGAUCUCCCCUCAUGCAACCCCCAUGCUGCACGCUCUGUCUCUGGAUGUCACCGGCCAUGAAGACAAAAUUAGAAUCCCAGAGUCUGACGAGUCACCUGAAGGCAAACAAGUGAGACGGAGCGAACGCUUCGCCACCACAUUAAAGAAUGAAAUCCAGAUGAGACGAGCCAGGCUGCAGAAAAGUAUGAGUGCAGCAACACUUCCUGGUUCAGAGGGGGAGACUGAAGGUGAUCAGGAUGUCUGGAAGUCGACAGAAAGUACUACUUUGACUCCUUUAGACAGGCCGUUCACCAACACCUACAAAGACAAUCUAAAGGAAGCACAGGCAAGGGUACUGAAGGCGACAUCUUUCAGGAGGAAAGACCUGGAGCCUGUGUUGUUAGAGCACCCUCCAGGUGAGACCAUGCCUAACUACUCAUCCUCAGCACUGACUCAUAAAGAGGGCCCUCCUCUGCCAACUGUCUCUGAGGCUGGUCUGAAUAAAUCAGGAUCUGCUGGGGGUCAAGUGACUCGCAUUGGUGGUCGUAAGCGUUUUUCUGCAGAGAAAAAAGUGAGGUCUUUCUCAGAACCAGACAAAAUCCAUCAAGUUGGAGUGAAGGGAUAUCUCCCUGAAAAUGAGAAUGCUGGCUCCUCACAAGACCAGCAGAAUCUUUUCAUAGAGCCAACAUUUUCCAAUCCAACUCCCCCUCAGACUAACACAGACAUCCCCAUAGAGACUAACACCCAAGGUGUAGUCUCCACCAGUGAAACAGAUGAGACAGUAAAAGGCACAAGGAGCAGAGAAUACACAGAAGUGGUCCAGGGAGGCCCUCUUUCAGCACACAAGCUGUCCGUCCUUGAUCAGCAAAGACUGGGAACAUUUGCUGAGUAUGAGGCAAGGUGGAACAUAGAGAAGAAAAACCCAGAGUCAAGAGCCACAGGACGGUACAAGUCAGCUGAUAACAUCCUGGACAAUGGAGCAGACGAGAAAAACAAAACAGCCUGUUUCCACGAGAGAUCCAGAUCAUCUCCUUCAGCAGACUUCUAUGGACAGAAAAUUCAAGUUCCUGCAAGACGGUCUGAGACAGAAUAUUCUCAGACGGAAAGUAAACCUGCUGAACAGCUCAGUGCUACUACAGAAUUCUCUGAUAGGGGGCCAGGAGACUGUAAAAUAAGAGAAAAGUCAGCAGAGUUUGAACUCUACCCAGCGCCACCCCCUCCGCCCAUGACAGGAGCCAACCCCGACUGCAGACACAGAGCAGCCCCAGCACCCGUGAACCUCAGACCCUUGUCUAUCACCCACAGCCUCACAGAGUCCGCCCACCCUCAGCACCGUGACCCCACCGAGCUGCCAUCUGGACCCUGGAAGAAGCCCCCCUCACGUCCAAGUUACCAAGAGGUCAAGUCCCAUGAGUCCCUCAGUGGUUCCCAGAGCGAAAUCUUCACCCACUGCCCUCCUAACGCUGCCCCUAACCCCGCCUCAGCCCCAGCCAACUCUGCAAAGUUAGAUUCAGAGCAGGGAAAAGGGCUGGUGGACAAAGGACACCAUCUAUCAACCUCCAGUCCUCAGGCUGCCUUCCCUCCCCCAGCGUCCUCCUGCAGAGCUGUGACAGCCACCAUGGAGGGGCAGCGCUCCCCAUCGCCACAGUUUUCCCCACAGAGACUCAGCGACAAACCUCCGGUUUCUCUACAGCAUGAAGACGUAAAUAGAAUGGAGCAUGUGAUAGAAAACCAAACCUCUGCAGCCAGGAAUGUUCCCAUCAGGAUCGUUCGCUCAGAGGAGACUUCAGAGAAGGAGAACAGUCCUUUUCUGUGGCACAGUGACCCUCCUGCCAUCGACUCCCAUGGUCCUGUUGUGACGAGGCUCGGUGGUCUGGGAGCUGCAGGACACAGCUCUGUUUUCUGUGCCUUCACUCGGCAGAGGGAGCCCAAAGCUCAAACGGACCCUCAGCCCCAGAAAGAAAUGUACAUGAGCGCUGUCAGAGAUCCCAUUGGCUCUGACAGUCAGCAGCUGCUGCAGCCCACAGACGAGCCCAGCAGCAACAGAGCAACCUCAAAAACCACGGGGGCGUCUGACGAGGACCUGAAGAGGGAGGAGCUGGCCCGAGACAUCAUGGGAAAGGACAAAUCACUGGCUGAUAUUCUGGACCAGAGAAAGAUGAAGACCACCAUGGACCUGAUGGAGGGGCUCUUUCCUCAGGACAAGCAGCUGCUGGAGGGAGCUCAUCAACGCAGGAAGGCGCCGACCAAGCAAACAGUUCCCCGUCCUGCUGAGGAAAGGGAAAAGGAGGUCAGUAUGACUGCAGCUGUUGCCAUGGUAACCAGCUCCACAUAUUACAGCACCUCUGCUCCCAAAGCUGAACUUCUCAUCAAGAUGAAGGACAUGCAGGAGGAGGAGGAGGAGGGCUCUGAGGAUGAGCUGGACAUCGACCUGGCCAAUAAAAAGCAAGAGCUGAUCAACAGCCUGACCAAGAAGCUGCAGGUCCUGCGGGAGGCAAGGGAGAGUCUUCAGGAAGACGUCCUGGACAACAACGCUCUGGGAAACGAGGUGGAGGCUCAAGUCCAGCAGGUCUGCAAACCCAAUGAGCUGGACAAGUUCAGGAUGUUUGUGGGAGACCUGGACAAGGUGGUCAGCCUGCUGCUGUCUCUGUCGGGACGUCUGGCCCGAGUAGAGAACGCCCUCAACAGCUUAGAAGAGGACGCUACGGCAGAGGAGAAGCGUACGUUGCUCGAGAAGAGAAAGCUGCUAAUCAGACAGCAUGAGGAUGCCAAGGAGCUGAAGGAGAACCUGGACCGUCGGGAGCGUGUGGUUUACGACAUCCUGGCAAACUACCUGCAGGAGGACAGCCUCGCAGACUACGAGCACUUUGUCAAGAUGAAGUCAGCGCUCAUCAUCGAGCAGCGCAAGCUGGAGGACAAAAUCAAACUGGGCGAGGAGCAGCUCAAGUGUCUGACAGACAGCCUGCCCAUCGAUCAGAGACUGUCCUUUUGAGCACCGUUUUUGACUUAAAGAGCCUGAAGUCUGAGUUUAGGGACAGCUUUUGUUGCUCUGAGUUUCAAUUGAGCGCUGCGUCCAGCAGAGGGAGGUAGAGAAUCUGCAAGAAAAACAGGCUGCUGCAUUUUCUGACAUGUUUUGUCCUGAUUUCCUCUGCCAUAACAACACAUGGACUUAAAGCAUCCUUAAGAAGUUCCUUACACCACCCCACCACUGUAUCUAAUGUCCGUUACACCAUUUUUGCUUUCUUUUUAUGGUUUUUUGUUCCUUUUAUAGUAAUUUAUUGUAGUCUUUUGAAUCCGUACUGAAGGGGGACAGUAUUUUAUCUUCAUCAGAUAUCAGCCACCAUGGAACCUGACGUAUUUAUCAUGUCACAAUACUGUCUUCAUCAGAACCUGGCCGGAUGUUUCAAUAAACACCAGUGUUUUUCUUCACAAAUAUAUCUAAACUAGUGGCCUUUUAUUAAGAUUUGUGUGCCCUGCUUUCCUCUCUGAAGACGCCUUUUUCUUCCAAAAUGAACUGAAGAUAAAGAAGUCGUUGAAUGUACCUGUAAGGAGAAACUGGUCGUUUUUAAAGAGCACUUGUUCAACUUCACCAAACAGAAGAACAGCAGCACUUCACAUCAGACUGUAUCUCCAGUGAGAUCCACAUCUGAAGUGCCUGUGGAGUCACUGCCAACCUUGAAUUUAUGAUUUUACCACAUUUAAGUUGACCAAGUGUUUGUGUAUGUUGUCUUAUAACUUCACCGUGUUUUGUUACUCACGGUGCAGAUGCUAAUUGCAUAGUUACCACCGCUGUUACUUGACUCUUAGAUCAAUUUCAUCACUGAAAUGUUUCAGGUUUAUUCUGCAGCCAUGUGUGAAGGACCAUGGCUGCAAACCUUGACCUGACUCAGUCUCUGAAAUGUUCAAUUCCAGACUGUAUGGAUAAAAUCAGCCUCAUUAGAGCAUGUUUGUUCUGCACAUUUAGCUUCACACGCUUCACACGCUUCAUGCACUGUCCCAGGCCGACUCCUUAACCCUUUACCAGCUGUGCUCCUUUAUAUCAAAUAAAAGAGUCUGCUUGAACCAUAAAGGAGUGUGUGACUGAUUUCCUCCUC